AAAAAUCUAAAAGAAGAAUUAGCGCAUUUAGUAGAGAAUUGUUUUUAAUGUAUUUGAAUGUUGAUGUGAAUAUCUUUACCAUGAAUUUAACAGACAUCGUGAUGCUGAGUCUCGUAAGAUGUUCUAUUUGCUUUGCUUUUCUGGUAACAACUAAUUCAAACAAGAUGAGACCGCGCCUUUAUAUACCAAACAUGUUUCACAUUGCCAAUAGAGUAAGAGCUCUUUUUUUUUUUAGUUUCCGAUUGACUAGGCAAUUUCGUCAAUAGAGAUUGAAGUGGAAAUUGGGUAGACCACAGCUCAACUAUGCGAAAUUCAAAGUCACUCAAACUGAAACAAUCAGUCCGACAUUAGACGUUUUGGUUUACACCCCGGUGGUUUCCGCUAUAAGACUUGUACUCCAAUGGGGACACCACAUCACCAGUGAAAUGGAAAUUGGUUUAGUGCAAGGAAAGAACUGUUGACUGCAAAGCAUGGCGCGCUAUAAAAACCUUUGGGCAUUUUUGAAUCAGCAUCAGUCGAAAGCUGACAAUCACCCAAACAACUUUGAAAAUUGCGGAUCAGAAAAAUUUUGAGAUGUUGAACAUAAAAACUGUGUUGUGUGUGGCAGCCGUGUUGGUUGCAGUAAUGGCCGAGCCUGAACCCCAACAUUAUCCUAAUACUUUCUUUCCUCCACCAACUUCUUACCCUAAACCAGAAUACCCCGAACGAGCUCCAGCGUACCCCAAACCUUCCUAUCCUACUCCAGCACCAGCCUAUCCAAAACCAACUUACUCUACUACACCUGCCUACCCCAAACCAACUAACCCUACUACACCAACCUACCCAAAACCAACUUACCCUACUACACCAGCUUAUCCUACUACACCAACCUACCCCAAACCAACUUACCCUACUACACCAGCCUAUCCAAAUCCAACUUACCCUCCUCCAGCCUACCCAAAACUAGCAUAUCCUUCACCAGUGCCAACUUAUUACCCCAAGCCAUCCUAUCCCCAACCUGCAUACCCUGCACCUUAUAACCAAAAGUACGAGAGCGAAUACUGUGACUCUCGCAAGGCACCCAAAUGCUCGAAAAACGGCACUCUGACCUUUUGCCUCCAGGAUUCUGAAUACCCCGAGAAAGAAGUCAAGCACGCCAUCGAUUACGAUCCUAUUAUUUUGAAGAAAUAUGCUGAUGUUGCAGAACAGUCGGCUGACAACUUGGUCGAUGGUCUGACAUCUUUAGCCGAGAAACAUUUCGACUAUUCUGAUUACCACGGCAACACCUUCGAAAAGGGCAACUGGGUUGGUGGUGAAGGAUACAUCUGCCCCAGUGAUGUCCUUUACGCCCGCCCUGUCCGCGCAAUCAAUGCCGAAGGUGAGUGGCGCGUCAUCGUCCAAGAAAUGGCCUGGCCCGGAUACACCCAAACCCAGCGGACCGAGACUUGCUUGUUCCCCGGCUCAUCUUGCCGCACUUUGGCACCUUGCUAUCAGAGCAAAUGCUUGCAAAAAUAUGUCUACCAGCGGAUGCUUUCCUUUGAUCCAUGCUAUCCCCAUAAGGGAAUAUUCAUUGACAUCUACAAGUUGCCAUCGGCCUGUUCUUGUCACAUUUCAGCUUAAAUUCUUACUCGACCCUUCAACAUCCCCCUACCAAAUUUUUACAAUGGAUACUUAUGAACGAAUAUUAUUUAAAUAAUUUGCUGUCGGAUCAAUAAAAUGAGUUACACUAA